CGCGCGGGAGGCGGCCCGCAUCGCUGUCCUCGCCGCCGGGAAGGAACCCGAGAGCCGCUCGCCCCACAUCCGUCCCGUUCCCUGCGCCUGGAUGCUGGCUCCGGCCGCCGGACUGCUGCGCCUCGCUCGCCCGAGGAGCCGGGCGGCCCUCCGCGGAGACGCCGGCAGAGGCAGCCCCUGGCUGGCCGCGCCCGCUCGGAAGUUCGCAUGAGGCUCCGCGGCGCCUGCCCGCCGCCGCCGCCGCGCCCCUCCGGGGAAGGAUUGCUGCCCCCCGAGACGUGCCUUGCCCGAGCGCCUAAGAUGAAGAGGGCCAUCGCCAAAGGAAGCAAACUGCUGAUUUUGGUGCUGUGCUUGAACUUCCCAUCCGAAGUGGAGUUGUGUCCCGGAGCCUGCGUGUGUUACAGUGAACCCAAAAUCACAAUCAGCUGCCAGCAGCAAGGGAUCGCCACCAUCCCCAUCGAGAUCCCAGUCCAGACUCAGCGGAUUUUCCUACACAACAACCGAAUCAACCUGAUCCAGUCCACCAGCUUUACUUUCUGCCGCAACAUUUCCAUUCUGUGGAUCCACUCCAACAAUAUUAGUCUGAUUGAACCCGGUGCAUUCUAUGGGCUCGACAAGUUGGAAGAGCUUGAUCUGAGCGACAACGUGAACCUGAAGUCCAUCAGUCCUUCUACCUUCCAGGGCCUUGUCCACCUGCAUACUUUGCACCUGGAUCGCUGCGGGCUCCUGGAGUUGUCCACGGGUCUUUUCCGGGGUCUGUUCUCCUUACAGUAUCUCUACCUGCAGGACAACGACCUGCAGGAGCUUCUGGACGACACCUUCCUGGAUCUUGCUAACCUCACGUAUUUGUUUCUGCAUGGGAACAAAAUCAAGAGUUUGUCGGAAAACGUGUUUCGGGGGUUGACGAACCUGGAUAGGCUGCUGCUGCAUCAGAACAGGGUCAGCGUGGUCCAUCGGAGGGCAUUCCAUGACCUUGGGAAAGUGAUGACCUUGUAUCUUUUUAAUAACAACUUGACGGUGCUGACUGGAGAGACGAUGGCUCCGCUGGGGUCUCUCCAGUACCUUCGACUCAACGGCAACCAGUGGCUGUGCGAUUGCCAGGCCCGGUCGCUCUGGGAUUGGUUUAAGCAGUUCAAAGGGUCUUCCUCCGAACUGGAGUGCCACUUACCUGCUCAGCUGGCCGGAAGGGACCUCAAGCGCUUGCAGAGCACGGACCUGGAAGGGUGCCUCGACUCCUUCAACCAGGUCAGAACGAGCGUCUUCAGCACCAAAACCAGAUCUGGCAAACUGCCCACAGCGGACCCGACGCUCGGUCCUCAGGACAACGGGCAGAAAUGCUGCCAGUCGGAGAUGGAUAAAUCUUUCAUUUACGAAGCCAAAGCCAAGGCAGGGCCUUCUUCUCACAGCAACCGGGCUUCCCCUAACAACCCACUCAAGGAUAAGGAAAAUAUGGCCAAAACCAAGCAUCAGGUGGAGGCGGAGCUGCCCAAAAACGGCAGCAACAAGCACAUCAACGACUCGCCCUUUGGAACGUACCCCAGUGCAGUCGAGCCCCCUUUGACCAAGUUGAAACCCGAGUUCUUGGGUCCCGUGGAGCCCUCCACUGCCCCGACCAAAAGGAGGCAGGGGUGUUCUCGAAGGAAUAAGUCCAGGUCCCAGUGCCGUAUGGCACAGCCGGCUCCCAGUGCUAGUUCCAGCGCCCCAGUCCUCCCAAGCCUUCUUCUGCCCCCCGUCAUGUGGAGUCUCUUUUGCUUCUCUUGAAAUCAAUCAAGCCUUUGCUUUCAGGAGGGGCUCUCGGCUUUAAGAGAGGAACAGGAGGGGGGGAGGGGGGGAAUGCAAAGCCUCUUCUCUCCAUAGGUUGUGAAGAAGAAGUUAUGCCCAGAGAAAAACGUUACGAUGCUAAACAUUUUACUGGAUGCCUUUAUAAACUCUCUCACACACACACAAAAUCAACAACAACAACAAAAAGUGUAAAUAAUUUAUUUCUUCCUUCUGGAAUUUAUAUGUUUGAUUUUGAUUGGUUGAUCUUGCCUUUGUCCUUGGAAUUACCCUUUUCACAAAGAGAAAGAAAGAAAGAAAGAAAAAGAAAGAAAGAAAGAAAGAAAGAAAGAAAGAAAGAAAGAAAGAAAGAAAGAAAGAAUAGAAAAAUAAGAGGUCUAAUAACCCCAUAUCUUUGUAAUGUUCCCCUCACCCUAAAAUCAUUACUUGUAAUUUGAAGUCCUAAACGAUAUUGCACAUUUUCCCAUCUGCUGAGAUCACAUCAGUGGCAUUUUUUAAAAUUCCUACGUUUCUGAAUUUUGAGGUUUUAACCUCCUUUCGUUUCCACCUGACUGGGUUUGCAGAAGGAGGCAUUUGUUAAAGAAUGCUCCCUUUUCAUUCACUGAAGACUGCAGUAUAUAUAUAAAUAUGAAUAUAGAUAUAUAUAUAUAGAUAUGCAUUUUAUUUUACUUGUGUACAAGUACAAAAAA